UAUAAGUCCAAACAUGGAAAAUGAAGUCAAACUUGAUUUUGGAAGAGAAACAAGGCAACGAGGUGGUGCUUUCCAGGUGAAAAGAAGCCGAAUGAAGCACUUCCACUCCAAAUCUAGCUUUACAUUCAGAGAGGCUGAGAGAAGGUAUGAAAAGAGAGUCAAGAAAAUCGCAUCGAAAUAAAGAACACCGGUCUGAAAAACUCAAAAAGAGACCGAAUCUGAUAGAGGAUUAUUUUUACCCAGAGACUAUUUCAGCUUGCUUGGAUCCUCUGGACCAUGCCCCUGUUGUGCAAAGCAAGAAUGAGGAAUCGCUUUCAUUUCUACCAUCUAAGCCUAAGGCAAAUGAUUUGGAAGGAACAAUGGCUUUGAAGGAAGUUUCUAAUAAUAAUAGUACUUCAUUCCUGAACUGAUCUAUAAUAAAGACUAUUAAGAAGAUCAUCAAGGCUGAUAUAGCCGAUAUUACAAAUUUUGAAAAUUGGGAUAGGGAAACCGAAACGUCGUACACUGAGAACGUCAUGAAUGACAUCAAGCGGUCUCGGAUCCGUGACAGUGAAGAUAAGGAUUAUAUCCUGGAAGACUUGUUGCUGAUAAUUAUAUUUUACUGUGAAAAUAACACAAUCUGCUACCAACAAGGCAUGCAAGAUAUUUUUAUCCCCUUUGUCUAUUUGAAAUCCGCUGAAUUCUCAUUGGCUGAAGUUUAUGGCUAUAGUAAGGGGUAUAUUGACAUGUUCAUGCCAAAUACUUUGCACUCCAAGUUUACAGGGACUGAUUAUUCUCUUCCCCACUUACAAUGCCAGCUGAGUCUUUUGAAGAUGAUGCUGAAGUAUCAUGAUAUUGAGCUACAUAACCAUUUUAGGAAUCUUGAUUGUGAGAUAGAGGCAUUUGCUACCCCCUGGAUCCUGACCCAGUUUUCGAGAGUUGUUGACUUCACUCUGAUUUAUGAACUCAUAGAGAUCAUUCUUUUCGAGAAUGAUCAAUUAAUGGCCCUGUACAUGUCAGUUGCUCUCUUGCUUAGUUUUAAAAAUGAGAUACUUGAAUGUGAUGCUAUUGAGAUGCUCCUCCCACUGCUUCAGAAGAGAGCAAAAGUUCUGAAUGCUAAGGAAUUGUGUGAAUUGUACUAUAAAUCAGUGGCUAUUCGGUCACAAACCCCGCUGUCUCUGGCCAUCCUGAUCCAUAAACUUAAAAUUAAUGACCACGCGGCUGUGAUUAGUUAUGAAGAAAUGAACGAGUUGCAGACUUUUGAAUUAGAUAUUUUUGUGAUGUACCCUGAAGAAGUACUAUGUAAUCAGAAUAAGAUUAGUAAUUGCUCUCAUCUUUAUAAUACAACCAAUAACGACAAGACCUGGAACAAAUUCCAUCUGGAAAGUUGCCAAAAUAAGUAUGUCACUGGCGACGAGCAGAACCAGUGUGCCAAGGAGCUCUCCUCCAUCACUAGCAUUAAUGUGCUUAAGCGAGACUGAAGCAACGAUACUGAAAUUGGCAAGCAUGUCGCUCUUAAGUAUAUCGAUAUCACGAAUAAGAAGAAGACGAAGCAGAUUUUUAAGGACUGACUCCAGAUCUUUGGUGUGAAAAAGCAGACACCUGAAGAUAUCCUCAGGGAGAUCAGUCAUGACCUUAAGAAAUAUAACAUUUUAAUCCUGACGAGUAAUCACAAGGAGAAGCUAGAUUCGUCAGAAAGAAAAAGGCUUGAGCAAACUCUUGAAAUCUGCUCUAGUCUAGGAAUCUCCCGUGUUUGAGUCAUGAAGGGAGGCAUGAAGGGGUAUCUCAAGGCUCAAUAACCAAUUAUUUUUGUUUUAUUUU